AUGGGAUCUGGGAUCCUUAGUUGUGGGAUCGGGAUCAGUAGUGCUGUGAGGUGAUCAGGGACAGUUUUCCGGCAAAAAAAUGCUUUAAGGAGAAGGACCUGCUCUCGUUUAAAAACUCCGUUGCAUUUUUGGCGUAACAAUUUGUUCCGGUACUUAAGUGUACGCAAUACGACUUUUUUAAAACGCCGCUGACUCUCGGCUGGGAGUUGCCUAGCUAUUGAUUCAUUUUGUUCUGACUCAUUUUUUGUAACUACACAUUACAUUCAGUGAAAUAUCGAAUUGGUCUGGGUUUUUUGAUCGCCAAAUAAGGACUUAAUAAGAAAAAAUUCAUACAAUGGACAUUACCUUUUGCCAAUGAUUUCCUUCUGCACCCCGAACAAUGGUUUUAUACAUGCUCCGUUAGACAAUGAAAGACGAGGUUUUUCAAUGGACAAACCCCUGUUAUCACAGCACUUGUUAUUGCACUUGGUACAUACUGUAACUUGUAUUUUUCUGCUGACCAUGCUCAAGAGACAAUACAUGGUCUCUUGCAAGCCUUUAGCAGCUCCCGAUUCCAAGCCUCUGAUCAACGCAAAUAUCAGAAGUGUCAAGUGUCGGGAGAAGACGGCCUUAUUAUGUUAGCGAGAAAGUGUGCGAAACAUCUUAACCAAACUUACAAAGGCCUACAAGGCGAAGGAGUAGUCGAUCCUGGCUCUGUAAAAUAAUGUGGUUUCUUAGCUCGUUGUUCGGCAGGCCAGUGGCCUUUAUCUUUGCCCAAAGAGAACUCAAUCUGAUCUCGUUUUGCUAUAAAACUUAAUCAAAAUUCUCAAAAAGUCUUGCCUUUUGCAGCUACCUUUUUUGAAUAGCUUUCCCAGCUUACUCCAUGCAAAGUGAGCUGGUAAACUGCUUACAAUUAUGUCAUGGGGUAACUCAACCGAAUAUAAUCAAAAUCUACAUCAGUAAGAGGAUUAAUUGUGAGUUGGUGAGGUAUACAACUAGAGGUCAUGUGGCUGAAAAGAGUUGGUCCGGCAACUGGUGCUACCAAGGUGACGACUGAGAAAAAGCUAGCUAGUGCAAACCCCAUUUAUUCUGAGUCGAUCGGCCAAUCUUACUGACAUUUCUUUUUGUGUGAAUAAAAUUUGCUAAAUGGAAUUGAUCUCGUUUUAAAAGGAACAGGGCAAAAAACAAAAAGUGCUUGAUUUGUUACGGAAAGGUGACGGAUAUAAGAAACUUCCCGUAUUUCAGUCGAGUUUACAAAAUACGGAAACACGUUAUUUCGUCCUGUGAAACGCUCUAUAUGUGAGCCGUCUAAAGUGUAACUAUUAUGAUAGAAAUGAUGAUGACUAAUGGAACUGACUGGAGUAAAAAACUCUCCAGUCAGUAACUUGGCUGGGACUCUGCUCUAGAAAUCGAGAGACACUUUAUUUUGCAUUUUAUUCAGGUUAUAUUCGGAGCAACUGUGUAGGCUAGAAAGUUUCACACGUUUACCUUUACUUACAAGGAAAAAUUACGCUAGGUCAAUUUUGAGAUAAAAUAACUAAAGAUUAAAGAGUGUGAUAAGUAGACUGUAACAUAGUUAAGGUUAAAUGCCCUAUUUUUAACGGUAAAAAUGCCCGUAUUACUUAUUUGGAGUGGUGCUACUCUCUCACUUUCCCGCCGAAACGUCUAAACAAAGGUUAUUUUGACCCAUUUAUAAAAAUUUACAGUAAGAAAUGAGAUUUGUGUUUAUCAUUUUAGGAACUGCUGGUGACUCUCUUACAGUGCAUCAUAAUAUGCCGUUCUCCACCAAAGAUCAAGACAAUGACCAAGAUCCUGGCUGGAGCUGUGCCAUUGCAUUUGAGGGAGCCUGGUGGUACAGUAGCUGUCAUGCCUCCAACUUAAAUGGUCGUUAUCUUAAUGGAAAUCACUCCUCUUAUGCCAACGGUGUAAACUGGUAUCACUGGAAAGGCUAUCAUUACUCCGCCAAACGCGCUGAAAUGAAAAUAAAACCAGUAGAAGCCUAAUCCGUACAUUGAGCCCUGUAUACAGACACAGAAGGGAAAAAGCAACUACUAUGGAGAUUUCCGUUUUAAAGAACUCACCACGAUAACACCAUUCGUCACAUUUAAGACUCUGCUGAUAGUUUUAUGUCGCCUGAACAUGCAACAAGCGUUAUUGAGGUCGCUCAGAAGGGCUCUGGUGGUCGCAAACCAAAAUCCGCCUGGAUGACCCAAAUAACGUCUGUUGCGCCCAGGUUAGUCUUAGUGUUAAGCAACCAAAUAGUACGUAGUUCCACAAUUGUUUAUAACCUGUAUCUUAAUUGAUUAUUGUACAGUAGUGAAACACUGAAGGCCAUUUAUACGACGCGUUUCGGAUAAGAUGCGUCGCUUACAUAAGACGCACACUGCCGGUAUAAAGUGACAUUACUCAUUAGCUAAGGCGUUUCUUAUUAUUACUAGUAAUAACCAAAGGUUAGGGAGUGCGGGCGACAACGAUCGGAGGUCAAAACGCUUUUGCUCCAACGCUGUGCUUUGCGUAAGUUUCACGUGACAGAUGGUCAAAACACGCGUGAUCAGAUUACGAGGGCUAGAAGGUAGAGACGCUCGUGAUCAAUUGCGUUUUGUGCAUUCCAUUCAUUCUUAGUGGAAGUUCAAACGAAUGCUGGCUACAUACAUGCGACGGAUGCGUAAUAACAAACUGGAGAUUAGGAUUGCGGGCUCCUCUUGUCGCUCUCAAUUAUUAUUGUUAUUAUUAUCAUUGUUAUUGAUUUAUUUUAUUUAUUAUAAGCUCGUACUGCUCGUACAGCCUGUGCUCAGAUAAUCUCCGCUUUAGGAGCCGAUUACCUCCUAAUCGCGUGUUAUUUAAGACGCGAUUGUGUGGUAGGCCGGUGUCAUUUUAACACUCACCUUGUUGGAUAGGCAGCAUUAAUUCACACAGAAAUGAGUCCGUGCCAAGAAAUAAGGCUUGAACCAAACGUGAACCAUUUAUACGAGCUGUUUGCGUUUUAUGUAAGACACUAUCCAGUUCUCGUGUUAUUUAAGACGCGUAUUUUCCCUGGAUAAAUGACCUGCAUGAGUCUAUAAUGAUCAGUGGCGUUCUAUUUUGUAUAUCUGCGCUGAAAGACCAAUUAGCGGUAAUCCGGGAUUAAAAUUUUGUUCCGUGCUUGUAUUCACCUUCCCAACGUAUGGCUUAGAGUUACAUUUUGAGUUAUUAUUACUGUACCUCCGAGUAAAGGCUCAACAGUAUUUUUUAAACACGAGUUACGUGUUCAUAGACAAGAAAACCUUUGGCUUAAUGCUGGUUUAAACUUUUUGUCUUGGUGAAAACCAUCUUUCGAGGAACCGGGCCCUGAGCUACGGACUGAGGUUUCAAGAGAAACGAUCAACAACGCACAAAGCUGUAUGCACGCUUUCCCUUUGGAUUUGCAUUUUGUUUUAAGUUGAAAACAAUCAUAAUCGUUUUCAUUAUCCUAAUAGUCAUAAUCAUAAUCUUAUAAUAGUAAAAGUAGAAGAAAAACAAGAAAAUUGGAAGAAAACGAAUAAAAGAAAAACAGUGUGCAAUAAAUAAAUAUAACCGUGCAUGUAUUGGAACUACAAAGAGUCAUCACCUGAUACCGCAAUGUCCGUUAUAGAGAGGUUAGUUUAUAUGAAUUAUCUCUCCUUUGUCUCUUGGGUAGAGACUAUACUUGCCACAAGUCCACUGCGUGAGUGCUGAAGGCGCGAGGGACGAAAGUAUGAGAAAGUAUAGGUAGAGAAAGUAUGGGUAGAGACUCGAGAAGCCUUCAUUGGGUGUUUAGUGAAAACUCUCCCAAAAAGCAAAUUUCAUUUUCAAGAUGAUCGUUCUAGUCGGUUUGAGUCCUGACUUUCUGGUAAUCGCCCCCUUUCUGGUCCUUUGUCCGUUUAUAUUUGGAGUCUUUUUUAUCUUUUCAGAGGAAAUACUGUGAGAAUUUUGCUCGAAAAUUGUCCGUGAUAAAGAGGUGUUUUAUUGAGGUGGCUCGACUGUAUGUAAUUUGCAGUUUUUUUUUUACAAUUUUUGGUAACACAUACAUUUUUAGCAAUUGUCAGGUGCAACAGUGGUGCGGUACGUUUAUAUAAGAGAUCUUAACAUACCGUAAAUUAUAUAAUUGACCCCCCCCGCUCCCCACUCUCAGAAAAACGUCUCUCGUCUAAAAAACGCCCUUUAUCUAAUAGACGACCUCCAUGACAGUUAUUUCAAAAUUCCAGGGAAAAGUAAAAAGGAGCAAGAUCAUUUAAUAUACUGUCUCUUACUUGAUGGGUUUUCUCAUUGCAUCAAUGUAUACGUAAGGAUAGACUAACGAUGACUACACAACGAGCCUGAGCUAGGAUUCUGACAUCGAAAUAGCGAAUAUGGAUCUCUGAAUCUCUAGACGGCCAAGAUGUAUCAAUUGAUUGACUGGAUAUUCCACUGUUUACAAAGUUAACGCUCAUCAUUAGUUUUGGGGUUCCAAAAAUGAAAAUAAACGCCUCUCUCUUUUAACGCCUGGUAUCUAUUGAAAGCCCUCUUUUGGACCCGUAAGAUUACAUAAACGCCCUGGGCGUCUAUUUGAUCAUGUAAAGUACACUUGUUUCGUGUACGGGUACGGGUACGGUACAGGUACCCGUACCCGCAGCAAAGAAUACUGGUUGAUUGUUUCUUAACGGGCGAAACAGAAAGGCUACUGGGUAUAACGGUGAUAGCAUUAUUAUCGGCACUCCUUGAUAAUCAUGAUUGCCUACUGUAGCCAACGCACCAGCAAAAAUAUAAGUCGUAAAAGAGUUUUAAUUCAACUGGAACAACUCGAACUCUUAACCUUAUUUACGUGAUGUUGCCAGUGGUUUCUAGGAUAAAGUAACAAACAUAAUACAUUAAGAGCGGAACGACUAAUUAGAACAAAUAACGUAGGGAAUACAGAUAACAUAGGAAAUACGAGAUAAACGAAGACAGAGGACAUUACCUGACGAUUUGGGAAUACGGCGAACGAAGUAAGAAAAAGAACGUAACGUAGUUGUAACAGCUAGCGAACUCGAGCAAGAUACUUUACGAUUUGCAUAACCGGCGCGAAAGUCGAAUUACUUAUACGUAAACACGCGGACUGGGACUAGGCGGGGGAUUGGUUACUACACCUACUGCGUGACAAAGAAGUUCGCUUACCGGCGCCUGUAGAGACUGAAAUGGUGUAUCUUAAGCUCCCUACAGCUUUCCUUAUACAGUAAUUUACUGCAAGCUGAGUCACUUGACCGAUUUUACUGAUGAUUUGUAUAUCACUUGAUUGAUUUCCUUUCAUCACCCUCUCUUGAAUAUUUUCAUUUGAUUAUUUAUUUUCAAGGCAUUCAUGGAAAUUAGUUUUUUUGCUCAAGGGACAAAUUGGGGUCGAAGUGUUUUUUUUUUUUCAAUAAGGGCCGUGCGAAUUGAGUUUGGCAGGGUACAAGACGUUUGAAACUGGCAUUGAAAUCACUUAAAUGCCUUUUAUUUUGAUGAUGAUGAUGAUGAUGAUGAUAAUGAUGAUGAUAAGCUUUAUUUCAGUGUCAGGUCUUCUAGCUGGCCAUGUAAGGCCUUCUAAUAGGGGACACUAAAUUAAAAUACUAUCAGCUCUAACUAAUUAAUGUAAAAAAUAUUUACAAAGAAUAAAAUUUAGAAAAAAUAUACAUACUAUAAAAAAAUGUCGAUAAAACGUAUUCGAAUUUAUCAUAUAAAAUAAUACUUAUUGAUUAAGAGGUGUCCUUUUUGUCUAGAAAAUGUCGUUUAUGUACAUACAACAUAGAAAGCAGUUUUUACGGCCCGCUGUGAUUACUUGUUCAAGAUCUACCUUACGAAUUUUCUUUUUAAAGCUGUAAAUUGACUCUGCGUUUUUUACAUCCUUGCUUAAUUUAGACCAUAUUACUGGGCCCACAUAUCUUAGGCUAUGUCUCCCGUAAGUUGUUUUGUCGUAUCGAGGAAUAAAGAAGUCACCAGAAUUUCUGAGCACAUAGUGAGGUCUACGACUGUAUCGAGCUUAAAAAUGUCCUUUAUGUACGGAGGGCAUAUAUUGUACUUUGCGUUAUACAUAAUUAUGGCUAUAUCCUGCAAUCGUCGACAGCCUAGUGUCGUGAGUUUAGCUUUUCUCAAGAGCUCAUCGUGUGAACUUCUCGUAUCGCAGUAGACGGCUCUUAACGCUCGCUCUUGUACUCACUCCAUCUUUCUGUUAUCCGACGCCCGACAGAAAUGCCACCCUGUAUGACAGUAUGUAACUUGAGGCAUUAUGAAAGAAAUGAAAAUGUCAAGUUUGGCUGAUGUUGUUAACAUGUUUCUAAGACUCAUCAAAACUCCAACCUUCCUAGAUGCGUUUUUACAUACCUCUCCAAUAUGCCUACUAAAAUUCAAAUUCUCGUCAAUGGUCACUCCCAAUAAUUUCAUUUCAAAGUGACUCUCAAUAUAUCAUUGUUCAUUACAUCAAUUUUCAUCUGUUUAUUUUUAUGCUUCGACCCGAGACUCAUCGACUGAAAUUUUUCGUGAUUACACAUGAGUAGAUUGUCCUUAUACCAGUUUGAAAUUUCCUUCACCUCAUGGUUCAAAAUACUCUCAACGUCUUCGAUUCUUUCUCCGAGAGUAUAAGCUUGGUGAUCAUCUGCAUACAUCAUUACACUGCACUUAUCAGUUUGUAUGUUAUACAUUAGGUCGUUUUGGAAAAUAUUCCACAUUAAAGGACCAAAGUUAGACCCUUGAGGGCAUCCCCUUUCGGUUUUUCGCCAAUCACUCAUGGUAUCGGUUCCUAUCCUAACUCUAUUCCACCUCUCAGAGAAAUAUGACCUCAUAAGACCAAUUACACAAUCUUUGUUCUCCUAAUUUUAUUAUCAUUAUUAUUCUUAUUAAUAAACCUAGAAUUUUCUAUACAUGCUACGUCGCCCUAGAAAAUUCGAAGACAUUCCCACAAUAGAUAAAGUUUCGGACAAAAUUUGAAAGGACCCCUAAAAAUUUCGGCUAGGGGAAAAGCUCGUUAGGUAAUCUUACGUUUUCGUAAAGCUUUCACUGUGGGCUAUUAUUUUCGGGAAAGACGAAAAACGGCCCUAAAAAAUUCGAGAGGUUCAAAUCACUCCUAGGACGACCGAACAGAUCAAAAUUCUUUAGCGAUGCGAAUUAUUCAUUUAUAUUGCUUUUAAAGCACUCCAGGAUGCAUAAAAAAAAACGGUCGUUGGGUGCCCCUGGUUUUUGGCGAUUGUGAAAGACUGGUUGUUCUUGCUGUGGUAGCCUACCCAGCUGGCGCAGCGGGAUCGUCAGUGCGCGCAAAUUUUUCCACAGAGGAGUCAAAGACUGUUUCACUGGCGUUCAGAUUUAAGACGGAACCAAAGAGAUGUGAGCAGGAAAAACAGCGAGAGGAUGGGGAAGGGAGUGAGAGCUCUCCCGUUCCCUUAGUUCCUCCUUUUUAGUUAUUAUUUCCCGCUCUCUGAUCUCGAGUCACACUACACAUGAUCUGAACGCCGGAAACAGGCUGGAGGUCGCCUUAUGCAACGGGAAUCCGGAUUCCGGAAUCCAAGAAAGUUUUGCUUGUGGGAUCUAGAAUCUGGGAAAAUUUUCUCGUGGAAUCACAUAUCCUGGGCUUUGGAAUCCGUAAUACAGUUUAAGGAAUCCGGAAUCCCACUAACAAUUGCAAUCUAGAAUCCAAGUUCCACAGACAAAGACUGAAAUCCACCACCUGGAAAUCCGGAAUCUACGAAGUGGAAUCCAGAAUCCAAGACUGUCUUGGAUUCCCUUGCAUGGGGUGUACGUGGUUAUGAAUUGCGAGCAGCCUAGAAACUGUAUGCAAUGGACAUUCUGAGAUUACAGGUGAAUUAACAUGCACAUAUGCCAAACCCGUAAUUCAUUGAAUUAUAAAUAAAAACGCCUUACUUUAAUCUAAUUCCCUUAAGGGGCUUAAGGUUUUAGUAAGAUUCAUGGUUUUUGCUAUAAAUAACAAUUAUCGACGGUUGUUUAAGUUUCGAACAUUUCGCGCGCAAUAAGGAAAAAACACUCAGAAUUACGGGAACGCAAGGCGAAAACAAGCACGCGCACGGUGACCCCAUCUUUUUCUUGCAGUUUUUGAAUGUGCUAUAUGUGUCUGACAUUUGUGCCAAUGCAAGUUUGAAAAAAAUCUGGAUAGUACAUCAUUUUCAAGGGAAGUAGCUUAACGUGGAUGAGUGCAGCACUUUAAAGUCUUCAUUUUACAACGGUAUCUUUAGCGAAGAAAACUUUUUUUUUCGGCGAGAACCCGGAAACAUUUAGUGCUACAAGGUAUCUGUUUGUUUGUUUUAAUUAAAGUUACAUAGGGUGGGAUUGGUUGCGGAUCUCUCUCGUGUUUGCUUAUCAUCUCAGCCCUUACCCAGUGGUAUUGAUGGGCCGAUAUACCUUUAAAAUUCAGUUAUAGUGCAAUUCUUGCAGGAGUUUUGAAUCUUCUACAUGUUCUUCGACCAUUGAGGAAUUUCUACAAGCUCUUAACUAAGAGAUUCCUUACGGUUUUCUGAAGUUUAAUUUUUUACAUAAAUUUCAUUCCCCAGGUAAGGCUAUUUUUCGUAGAAAAAGAAAGCCUAAACUGUUUGGAUUCGAAAUUCCGAUGUGAUGGGGAGAGGAAUCAGAAAAUUCUCAUUUGGUAAAACUUUAAAUUGCAUCUAAAAUUUCGGGAAAAUUAAUACUCAAGAGCUCAGCUGCAUGUAAUCACUAGAAGAAUCAAGUUCCCCUAGAAUGACCGAACAGAUAUAAAUUUUAUAGCUUCGCUUAGAAUGCGUUUCUAGAUAUCUUAAAGUACUCUGGAUAGCCUAAAAAGUGUUUUCAAUGCAUUUAGGAGGAAACCUUCGUUGGGUAUCCCUGAAGAGUUAACGACGAUCUUAUAUGCGGACGCCAUGCAUUAGUAGGUUUAAACUCCAGUAGAUUUUGCAUAUAUUUAGCUGAGUGCUGGCUAGUAAAUAAUCGCUUCCAUUUAUCUUGAAGGGAGCUGAAAAUACCCUCUUUGAACGGUUGGCAUGCCGUUAGGAAACGUCCUCCAAAGUGGGGCUGUUUGAAAAGGACCUUUUCUUGUCGUGGAGGGAAAACGGUGGCUUCAUCUUUGGGACGGAGACACCCGUGCUGGAAGUAACACUUUCUUGGUCUGCAGUGUUUUUUUCUGCUCCCUUUUCCCUGCUGAAACGGUUCUUCUAAGUUGGCAUAAACAAAUAAUAAAAUUUUGUCAAAAUAACCCGUACUCCAGUCAAUGAUAGCCUCUGGCACACUGGCCUCUAAUCAAAGGUCCAAUUCUCUACAAUCAUAUAUUAACCUAUUUUGAUCGCGUGUGUGUUAGGCUUGGAUAAAUUCUACUCAUAAAAUGGCUUAUUCUGCCUGCCGGCAGUGCUCACUUAUUCGCUUAUUCUGCUCAAAAUUCUUCUCAGACACCCUUAUUCUGCUCGAAUUCUGCUCGGUAUUCGAAAAAUUAAGUUUUCAAAAAUCGCAAUUUCAAUCCGAAUUAAUCUACUUCUUCAAGUUCCUCCAUCCGAGCUUUCUUUUGUAUAUGCCGCCAUGUGUGUGAUUUCUGUAUCUUCUUUGAAUGUUUUGAGCUGUAAUUUUUAUCUUUCUCGCAAUUUAGUGACACUGGUCCCACUCACUGAAUCUCGACAAAUUUCUUGACACAGCUCAGCUUAGAAGUACAGUAUGUUGCCCAGUAUCCGAUCACUUCAGUUAGCUAAGAACAUUACAAUAACUUUCCUUUCUUAGCCGCAAGUAUUCUGAAAUUUGGUCCAGAGACAAUUUAUUUAGUCCUUAAUAUCAUAAUGACGAAAGACAGGUUAGAGUGUUUAUAGGGUGCGUCAAGUCCGCGUUGAAAGCUUUCCGGCAUCACUGGCGAACUUAAGCAAAAUUCACUAAGUCAGAAGGAAUUGAAGCCAUCAGUUCCGUAAUUUCGUGAAGGUGCGAUUGUCUUAGACUUAGACUUCUAGGCCGUGCCAUAUCAUUGUUAUGCUCAAACAACAGAGCUCUUUUCUGUUAAUUUUUUCUUCCACUCCGGCCAGUGUUGUUAAAAAUUAGUGCCAGUUCAGCAACAGAACGCUGGAGAACCCUCCUCAGCGAAAUAAUUAUAAGCACCUGUCUUCAGCUUGUAGGGGAAAGCCAAAAUUUUCAAGAAAUAAACCAGAAUAAACUCCGGCAAAUUGAUACAAAAGUGAGCCGUCUUUGCUCGGUCGCCUGAAGCAUCCGAUUUACGACUGUACCAGCUUUUUCCGUCUCACGCUAAGCAUUGUAGAACGAAGAAAACAUUCUUGUUGGAAUACUAAUUAAAAGUAUUUUCGAUAAUGGGCACAUUAUAAGUAAACAUGCUGUAAGGAACGUUUCCGUUUAAUUAACACAAAAUUUGUCGUUCUGAUCAGUAAACUCGACUGAAAUUUCAUUCGCGUUUUAGUCGAGUCAUGGAGUUUUUUAAGCGGAUUCUCUCAGCUUUUGUCGUCGUAUUUUGGUUGUUUAACAUUGGGCAAGAAAAUAAAUGAAGAAGACAUGCAGAGAAUGAGUUUUAACACGUAAUCAGAAAACACAAACAAUAUAUUUGUUGUUUCUAUUUUCACAAAAAGACCAAACUUAUAAACCUUAAACACCAUUGCAAUUUGCCUUAGACUUCAUUGAAGAUUAAUUUAUAUAUGCUUUAAUGGACGUCAUACUCAUGCCAAGCGCUAUUGUUGUUCGCGGUUAUUUACAAGGUUUAGCAUUUGCAGUCAUUAUAUUUGGUGCCUGUGAGGGGACAAAUGACUGGUAUCUACGUUUGAGUUCAAACUAGUCAUUUUCACGGAGAGAAAAUUCACUCUACAAAGAAUUGAAGAUUAAAAUUUGAGCAACUAUUACAAAAAUCUCCAAAACAAGCUAAAAUGAUUAAUCGUAUUUUUUUCUAUAAAAACUUUUCAGCAAAAGCAACCUUUACCUGAAAUUUCAAUCAACAGAGUUAAAAGAUCCGUUUUAAAUUACACGCCAACUUGUUUUCAUUAACUAUUACAGAGAAUAAACAAAGUUUAAACCGUGAGUAACUAGGACGUUCGAGAGGCCCUACCGCGAAAAAUUAAUGUUUUAUUACUUCAUCAUCCGACUGACCUUCUCGUUGGCAAACUAAUUUAAAGAAAAGGAUGACGAAAAGACAAUUUAAUUCCUUUUUAAAAAUCCACGAGUGAUUCUUUUUAUCUUAGUGAACUCAGACGUUACUAAAUUAUUUAACAUUACUUCAUUCUAAUCGGGCAUUGAAAACGGAAAAUCGUUUUUGAAUUUAAUUAUACUCUUUUCAAAAAUUGCAACAUCAUAUUUUCACUAUAUACUACGAAAAUACGAAAAUCCAUGUAUACUGCAGUGCACAAAAGGGUGGUAAUUCUAGGAAGUAAACGAGAAAGAACCUGAAGAACCCAGUCACCAUCUCAUUUAUAGGAUUGGGACCUAAGAACCUAUCAUCUACCUUAAAGGGUGAAAUACGAAAUUAAUAAAUUGAAAAAAAAAAGGAUAAAAUGAAUAAAAAGCGAUAAGCUUACUUUUAUCUGUAGAUUUAUCAUUUUUAUUCUAAGGGAAUUCUACAGUUGCAGCUGACUUAAACAAUUUUAAAGAUACAAAGUAUGCUAAUAAAUAAUUAACUAUCUGAUAAAGACCUCAAGACAUUUAACUGAUGACUAAUAAGCCCUGAUGACAUUUUCUGCUUUUCCAUGAAAACUGUCUGAUCGCAAUCGGGAGCGGUUCAUUCCCUAUCAAGGCCUUCAGUAUGGCGAGUCGUUUAGCAAUGUUAGCGCUCUUGCUGGCUUGUGUUGUUUGGGGAGCUUGGCUAAACUACGUUGCAACUGCUCGCGUCGAAGGUGAGGCUGGUUUACAGAUUUAGCUAUUUUCUUUUUCACGAUUUUUCUUCGCCAACAUCAGCUAUAACCUUUUUAUUUGUGUCUUUAGCAGCGAAGAUCAAGAUUUGCCAUUAUUUCAGCUAUUAUUUACGCAAAAGACCUUGUAAGGUCGCAAUUUUUCAAGAAAGCUUAAUUCAUCGCUUCAACUCUAGGAGAAUUUUGUCCAGCGCGCCGACGACUGAACCACCACCUGAACCGUUAGCCUGAGUCACAUACAACUUAAGUAUGAUACGAACGCGGAUUUUUCAGUCCGGCUUAGGUGAAGUUGGGUUAAAUUUGUAGAUGUGACUUAACACUCAACGGAGAUUUUGCCAUCACGGGAGAAUCUUUAAAAUUUUCGCGUUUAAGUACAUCACAUAACGGACAGUUAUCUAAGCAGUAAUUAAACUGCAUUUUCACCGUAAGAACAUCCACUGUGCAAAGGAUAUCGAAAUUUGAGUAAUAAAACUAGUGAAAAGUUUCCAAAACAAGCAAAAAUGUUUUUAAUUGUUUGUUUUGUUUUUCUUUUUUCCAAAAAGCUUUACGAGAAAAGCAACCUCUGCAUUAAAUUUUAAUAAACAAUUGGUCAGGAGUUGAAAUAUCAUUCUUGAAUUAUGUUACUCGCCAACGUUCUUUAAAAUCUAUAACACAGUGUAAACAAAAUUUAAAUCGUCUUUAAAUCGGAAGCUCGAAAAGGCCACACCCUAGUGGUGUUUUCCUGGUCCCCGAGUUUUGAAGAGAAAGCCCAGUAACGUUAGAAUGCUGGCGGAUGCUGGAGGAAAAGGUUUAAACCCCGAGGUACUCCGAUUAAAUGACCAAUACUGGGAGACUCCGCCCGAAAGGGGCACCUUUUGUAGCGUAAGGAUUUCACUAUAGUUAAAGUAUAUGAAAAGGGAGGGAAAUCUGUCACUUCGGACGGUAAAAGAGAGAAACAGGUGCAUUUUCUGUUCUGGUUUUGUAAUUUAUUCAUAGCGGAGUUCUUGCAUGCGCGAAGCGGAGUCCCAUGGGUAAGAGAAUUUGGUUAUCUAUACAUCCAAGAAAUUUUGGUUCUAAGAACAUCAUCCGUACGUUCGUCUGUAGGUAACUUAACCCUCUCGUGUAAGCCGGGAUGAAAUUUUGAAAAAUAGCACCUGCCACGCGUUUCGGCAUGGCCACCCGGAUCCUUAGAGAGAAUAAACAACAAACACAACAAAGCCGAUUCUUUCUUUCGACUAAAUUUCAAUGUCUACAUUGAUGUGGAUAACAGAGAAAAAGCUAGACUGAGAGAUAAAAAACAAAGGAGACCAAGUUCGUUGAAAUUGAGAAAACUAUGAAAUUUUUAUACCGGCAGUGAGAAAAUGAGAAAUGCUAGCGGCCACCGAGGUGAAAAUAGUCAUCAACGGCAGUGAAAAAAAAAAAGGGAACAGGAACACAUACGACAUUUGCUCCACAAAACGCGUUACUAGGAAGUUUCUGGAAGUUUCACGUUGUAGUCGUGCAAAACAACGACAAAGAAAUGUACAAAAAAAGAAAUUGUGCUGCACCCGGCAAAGUUGUUUUUUUCCUAAGUAGACCUACUGAUUUUAUUUUGGCCGUUUUGGUUGCCGUCUCCGCUUAGCAUUACACGAUUUUAUACUUUGUUUGAGUUAACUAUAAAAAUUAACGAGAGCUUUAAACCCAGCACAUUUACGACAGUCAAAAGGGAGAUAAAAUUAACGUUCUAAACUAGAUUUGUGAAAGGGGUACCAUUUUGUCAAUAGAAGGUACAUAAAAAGGGUACCCCUUCUAGCAAAAAUGGUAUUUAAAAGGGUAAAGGGUUGGACAUCGGAAGGAGCCUUCCCUUAUAAAAUUUUGUUGAGUACCCCCGGGGUCUGAACAGUUUUGAAUAAGAAAACGCAUUUCAUGCAGGUUUAAUACAAAAAUGGAAUUGGAUUAUAAAUGAGCGCGAGUAAAAUGUUUGCACUGGCUCGUUAAAAUGUCAAGUAAUUCUGGAAACAUUUUCGUGCAACUUGUCGCACAACAUUGUUGCAUUGCAAGUUGAAAAGCGUUGUUGCUCCCAACUUCGCUCCCAACUUGUGACGCAACAAAUUUCAAUGUUGCAAGUUGCGGCAACAUGUCGCACAAAGUAGGCCUGAGUUCUACUUUUUGCUACAAACUUUCAAUUUUAUGUUUUGCGUCACAACUUGCUAUGCUUCACAACACUUGUGAUUGGUCAAUUUUCCGGCACCAAAAGCGCGGGAAAGAUGGUGAGUAAGCGCGCGCUUGACCUCAUGUAAAUUUUGGGCAGGAACUAAUUAUAAAAGGCCCGUCAGGACGAGUGCAGUUUGCGGUCUUUGAAAAUUUUACAGGUCCUCUGCAUUUCUUGCAAAUUACAUGAGAAAAAUCAUGUGAUUACUAAUUAGUAUACAUACCGUUAUUGCAGUGCAAUAAAGUCAGUCAAAUUCUCUCUUGAUUAUAUCAAUUUCUGUUUCAGGAACCUGCGGACAAAACAACCGACGCAUCACAUUUCUGACACCAGUCGGAGGGUUUUACCUUGAAGGACACGUGUUUUCAAAUCAUUCUGUGGAACUAAACCUAGACUGCCAAGACCAAUGCGCCCUUGCGAGGGAAUGUGUUUCAUAUAAUAUUGGUCCAAAGAUCAACAACAAGAUGGCCUGUGAACUCAGUAAUUCAGAUCACUUGCAGCACCCAGAAGAUCUCAAACCAAGAAAGGACUGGAUCUACAGAGGGGCAAAGGUAUAAUCUAUAACUUUGUAAUGUAUGUAACUUUUUUUCUUGUAAUAAUUUUAACUGUGUCACGAGUCAACAAAAAGAUUGUUGUUGUUGUUGUUGCAAAUAAUGUUAUCAAGUCAAGAUGAAUUUUCAACCAUUUCCACUAUCAUGUAGGGGUUGAUUUAUGAUAAUUUCAAGCUUCUGAUGAUAAAGAUGAUAAAAAUGUCGGUGUUGGCGGUAUAUGCAGUUUCCUAUAAUUUAUUUUAAAUUCUAAAUCUCCUCUUCGGAUUGGCUGCAAUCCACCCUUUAAAUUUUCAUAAUUACACUUUAAUUUAAAACCUGGAUGAUUUAUGUCCAUUUUUCCGCUAUACAUAAUUAUGUGUUUGUAUUAUUGGACGCUCGACGACGGUCGCCUAACUUACAAAAAAGAAAUAUUAAAUAACGUCGCACACCAAAAAGAGAACAGUUUUGGGAGUAAAGAAAAGAGUUCAAAACUUAAGGCACUAAAAAAAGAUACAGUUGAACUUUCAUUAAGUGCCCAUUAUUAUUAUUAUUAUUAUCGACUUUCGGUUUUUGUUUUCGCGCCUUUUUGGGCUGCCGAUCGCGCGGGAUAUCUUUUCGGUCCAAAAGCGGUAUUUUUUUCCUUUCGUUUACGUUUGAAUUAAAAUUAUUGCAUAAUUCCAGCGAAAGAAUAACGGAAAGGUUUAAAUAGGAACAGGGUUAAUCGUAGUUUAUUAUAGCCUAGGAGAAGCUGAUUUAAAUAAAAAUUCAUUGAAGCAGCGUUUCUUUUAACAGAAUCUUUGUGCCAGUCAGCCUUGCCUGAACAACGGAACGUGCUACAUGGGAUAUACCGAGAAGAACUACGUUUGCGCUUGCACAGCUGGUUUCAAAGGUGAAAACUGCGAACAAGGUACUCUCAUCCCAUUGUUGUCACCUCUAUUAAGCGGCCAUCAGGCACUUGACGGACUAUUUUUUGUAAGUUUGGCUUUAUUUCAAGAAUAUGAUAAAGGAAAACAGUCCAAGAUAGAAGUUGACGACCUAUUGUGGACCAGUAAUGCUGGCCCCGUCGCGUGUUUUUUUUUUUUUUUUUUUUUUUUUAAUAAGGUAAUAUUUCUAGCUAUUUCUGCUAAAGAUUAUGCUAAUUUAUGACGAGGUUAUAUGACUAACUUCUAAGUCACACGUCUUUCAUAUUGCAUUAAAGUGAUAAGGAUUCGAAAUGCUGUCGCUGCAUUCAUGUUUUCCAGUUUACAGCAGUUGUGCUGAGGUCUAUGAAGCCGGUUUGCGAACCAGUGGUGUCUACACUAUCGACCCUGAUGAUGCUGGAGCCUUUGAUGUUUAUUGUGACCAAACAACUGCCGGUGGGGGAUGGACUGUGUUCCAAAAGAGACUGGACGGCUCGGUAGAUUUCUAUCGCGGCUGGGACGACUACAAACGAGGCUUUGGAAAUCUGAAUGGUGAAUUUUGGCUCGGACUAGAAAACAUUCACCGACUGACAAAAGAACAAAGAAGGCUUCGGGUAGACCUGAAAGACUUCGAAAACCAAACAGCUUACGCUGAGUACGACUCCUUCGGUGUUGGUGAUGAACAGAGCAAGUACAAGCUGGGACGUCUUGGACAAUACGCUGGUAAGCAUAAUACUACACAGGAGCCUGUAAUGGGCUCUUGUACUACAUUAAUGAUGAAAACCAUAAAAGGGGUAACGUUUACGUUACUAUUUGAGAGGUCCCAGUUAUUCAAAAUUUAAAAACUUAGAAAUUUAGAAAACUGGCAACUGUUGUUCGGUAUUCCUGUAUAUUUCUAUUUAUAUUAUUAUUUCGGUAUUCUUUAACUCAGACGUUUCUUGGUUUCACCGAUCUACUCUGUUUCAGCGAUUGCAUUGUUUUAACGCGAUUCUUAGUGUUGGAAGAAUAGUUUGUUCAUGGUAGCUUGCUAUAAACACGCGUGAUUAUUCCAAAUCGCUUUGUUUGACAAAUAUAGGCGAAUUUCAGGGUCGUAACGAGUUAUAUGGGAUCAGGGAUAAAAGGCAAAAAAUGGGGUGGGAUCAGGGAUUCGACAGGGAUCACAGACCCGAGAUCUGGGAUCCUUAGUCGUGGGAUCUGAAUCAGUAGUGCUGCGAGGUGAUCAGGGAUAGUUUUCCGACAAAAAAAAAUGAUUUAAUGGGAAGGACCUGCCCUCGUUUAAAAACUCAGUUGUAUUAUGGGUGUAAGAAUUUGUUCCGGUACUUAAGUGUACGUAAUACGACUUUUUUUUAAUAGUACAUUGCUGACUCUCGGCUUAUAGUUGCCUGGCUAUUGACUAAUUUUUUUGUAACACUAUACCUUACAUUGACUGAAAUACCGAAUUGGUCUGGGUUUUUUGACUGCCAAAUAAGGACUUAAGAAAAAAUUCAUACAAUGGACAUUACCUUUUGACAAUGAUUUCUCUCUGCACCCUGAAGAAUUAUUUUAUACAUGCCCUUUCUUCGACAAUGAAAGAUGAAGUUUUUUGUGACUGGCGACGACCCAAACAAACAAACGAGAAACGAAACUUCGCGGCGUGUGUCGUAGCAGGUUAGAUUAGGGACUAUUUCACGGGUCGGCAAAACAAGAAAACCACGGAAAACCAAAGGUGACGGUUAACGGUGAUUUAAUUCCAAAUUCCAAAGACCGAAAUCUAUAGACCAAAGAUUGACCGUAAACUGAAAUAACAAUACAAAAAUCUCUAUCAAUUUGCCGAAAAGGCGAUACUGAGACAAAUAACGCGUAAUCAACAAACAAAAGCUUGAAAACGGUAAUAAAACGAUUCUAUAAUGAUUAGGUCGAUAACAAGACAGUAAAAUCUACUUAAAGGCUACAUAGACUGAAAUUAGACAAUAAUUCCAUAAAUCUGAUCUUAAUCCUUGUACUAUAAAGCAAAAGUGUGGGCGUUGCUCUAACAGGCGUUCAAAUCCGCUUUUCGCUCAUGAAACAAUUAUAAAUCAAUUAAGCUUAAAUCUGUAUACUUGUACAGUAACCUUCGUGUACUUUUGCCCACUGACUAAAGAACGAAACUAAACAAUAUAACAAAAGAAAUCACUUACAUAUCGGUCCCGCGUGUAGCAAAGGUUAAGACAAAUCACAAAACGAUGUCACGACGCAUGGCUCCCCAGAAAUAAUCAUAUUAUUUCACUAAAUCAACUAAAUAAUCAACUUAACGUCUGCUGGCUGAAAGACACCUGGUGGAGCAAGGACAACUUUUACUUCAUCGUUAGCAGCUGGUUCGGGGUCAAAGGACUUGGAGAAUCUGGGUCUGAAAUCUGGGUUACUGUCAAGGGUCGGCUGUUAACAAUCGCUUCUGCUUCACACGUCAGAGUGCUAAGAGACUCGUCGUCUAAUUGUCGCCCAUUAUUGUUUAACAGCGAUGAGAGAACGCUCCGAACGGUUCUUAUUUGGCGUUCCCACACACCUCCCAUGUGACUCGCUGCUGGGACAUUCAUUUUGAAGGAAAACCAAUCGCACUGCUCUUCUAAUAGCUUUGCUUUAAUUCUUUCUUGGUCCAUUUCACCUAACGCUUCUGCAAGUUCUUUAAGAGCUCCUACAAAGUUGGUUCCCUGGUCACUUCUUGGCUGGCGGAUGGGUCCUCGCGGACUGAUAAAUCGUCUAAGGGCGUUGAUAUAUGAAUCUGUGUCGAGGGAGUUAGAUGUUCCGAGGUGUAUAGCCCUCGAAGCCAUACAUUUGAACAAAACACCAUAACGCUUCAGCUCCUUCCGGCCAUCUUUAACGAUAAAGGGACCAAAAUAGUCGACGGCGCAGUAGGUAAAGGGAGGGGCAGUCUCUAAACGGUCUUCUGACAUUCUUUGUUCUUGAACUGCUCCACGUAGUUUCUUGCACUUGACACAGGACGAGAUAAUGCUACUGACUACAACUGAACCACUUAUUAUCCAAAAUCCAUUUGAUCGUACUUCAUUGAGCGUCAUGGUCUUGCCUUGGUGACUUGUACGUGCAUGAAAAUACCUGACAAUGAGCGUGGUAACGUGGCUAUUUCUUGGUAGUAUGAUAGGGAACUUCAUGUCAUCUGACAGACUUGCACGUCUGAGACGUCCACCGACUCGCAAAAUUCCAUCAUCAUCAACAAAAGGAUCGAGCUUGUACAGUGACCCGUAAGUCUUUAUGUUAGAUUUCCUCUGUUGCGCCCAGGCUCUACUGUUAGGGUCCGGAUUCUUCCGCUUUAUCUGCUUCAAGACGUCUAACUCUUCCUUGAAUGCGCUUGUCUGUACUGCACGAAUGAUAGCGCGUUCUGCGCUCUCUAACUCAGUGACUUUUACUUCUCGUGUCAAUUCUUCUUUACAAUGCUUCUCCUGUACUCGCGCUCUUAAACUUCUUACGUAACGUGUAAACAGAGCAAUUGCUCGUUUCGCGCGAUACCAGUCAGAGAAAUACCUCACUCUCUCACACAGGCUUGUUUUCUCUGAAUCGAUUUGUGUGGUCGCCAUGGUAACAUAUUUCUUGACUUCGGGGUCGUUAUUCUGGAGAUCAAAGGUACCUUCACUGUGAUCCUGGUUUAUUGGCCACUGGUCUUCAGUCUUCCAAAGAAAGACAGGUCCGUUGAUCCAACGAGAAUGUAACAACUCUUGAGACUUUACACCUCGCGAAGCCUCAUCUGCAGGGUUCUGUUUUGAUUCGACGUGGUUCCACUGUUCAACAGAAGUGCUAUUUUGAAUUUCUUGAACUCUGUUAGCCACGAAUACAUGAAAUCGCCUACUUUUAUUGCUUAUGUAUCCAAGGACCACUUUGCUAUCUGUCCAAAAGUACUCUUGCAUGGUCAAUGUAAUAACUCAAUUCCCGACGCAACUGCUGGCUAAUCCUCACAGAGCAAACAGCGGUGGUGAGUUCCAGUCUCGUUACGGUUACAGGUUUCAAGGGAGCAACUCUCGAUUUUCCCAUGACUAAGGUGCAGUGAAUCCUUUGCUGCUCAUCAAUCAUUCUCAAAUAACUACACUGACGGUAACCUUUUACGCUUGCAUCUGAGAAGUGGUGGAGUUCAGUGCGCACAACAGAACCAAAGUUUUCGGGCUUGUAACAUCUCGAAAUUGAAAUUUGCUGCAAAUUUAACAGGUCUGCUCUCCACUUCUCCCACUUGAUCUUUACAUCGUCAGGUAUCGGGUCAUCCCAACUUACAUCAAGGUGGCAUAACUCCUGAAGUAUUGACUUCCCGUCUAACAAAAGCGGAGCAACGAAGCCAAGUGGGUCAAAAAUCGAACUUAUCGUAGAAAUUAUUCCUCUCCUAGUGCGCGGUUUGUCCUGUAAGACGAUGUUAAACUAAAAGCAGUCAGACUCAAUACACCACUGCACACCAAGAGCACGUUCCGGAAGCGAAUCGAGGUCCAAAUCGAGCUCUUUAACGCCAUCUGCUUUAUCUGACUCUGGUAUUCUUCUGAUGACGUCUUUACUAUUCGACACGAACUUAUGAAGGUUGAAACCUCCACUCCUGCACAUUUGCUUCACAUCUGAAAUGAGCGUUACAGCUUCAUCGAUUGAGGGAACAGACUUGAGACCGUCAUCAACGUAGAAGUCAUUUCGAAGACAAUCUGCGGCAGCAACACCAAAUUCACUUUCAUAGUCAUUGGCGAUGAAGUGGCUCCAAACAAAUGAACGGCCGUUCUAUAUUUUUCUGGUUCUCUAGUGACGUCACCGCCCCCCCACCAGAGGAAUCGAAGUAAAUCUCUGUGGCUUUCGUCUACUCUGACUUGGUGAAACAUGGCUUCUAAGUCGCACAUAAAGGCGAUGGAUUCUUCUCGAAAGCGGCAUAGUACCCCGGUUAAAUUGUUUGUCAAGUCAGGGCCUUGAAGCAGGUGAUUGUUUAAAGAUUCGCCCCUAUGUUCCGCCGCGCAAUCAAAAACUACGCGAAUUUUAUUUGGUUCCUUUGGAUGGUAGACGCCGUGGUGAGGGAUAUACCAGACAUUCCUCCUUUCUGACUUGUGCAUGUUUGGUACCUUCUCUGCAUAGCCAUUUUCAAUGAUAUUUUUCAUAAAGUUCACAUAGUCCUCUCUAUAUUUCUGUCCCUUUGGAGCUUGAAAUCUUCGUUUCAGCUGAUUAAGUGGGCUGAGAGCUGUCUCUCUAUUAUCAGGCAGUUCGAUGCGCUCGGUUUUCAAUGGCAACGGAAGUUCGUAAUGGCCGUCUUCGCACUGACGAAUUCCAUGCUCGACUAGCUAUUUCCAGAAAUCGUCUGUCCUCUUUAGACAAACCAUGCCUUCCGCUGUUUUUGUGAUCUGAGAAAUCUAGUUCGAACUGAUUGAUCGCAUAUGGAUUUAUCAACUCCUUUGUUUUUCCUUUAAGCACGAAACUCAAUCGGCUCUCACGAUCUCCGGGAACUCUCUCUCUCGCUAGGGUGCGAUGGCAUGUGGAAUUCAGGGCGCGGUCUUCCAAAGAGCUGUCUGAGGUCGCGACAGGUCCCACGAUAGACCAUCCUAACAAAGUGCGAACCGCAUAAGGAUCUUCACUCGUGCCAUGUAUAACCUCCUUUGGUUUAAUUGCCUUGGGACAGUUACAACCAACCAAAAAGCCAAUUUCUGCGUCCUUUACGUAGGGCGGGAUCUUAUCGCGUAUUUUGAGAAGGUGCGGCUACUCAUCCGCAACUUCCGGUAUCGGGAUUUGAUCUCGUCUGGAUGGAAUGCUUUCUCUGGUGUACGCUUUAGGUAGCUCAACUUGGACACGUCCGUCAAGUCUUCCAACACUUCCCGACCAAGCAUGGUACUAAGGUUCAAACUGGUCUGAACACCCUCUAUGCCGAGUUUCUCUUUCACUUGGGUGGUAACGAAGGUCGUGUCACUUGCAUCGUCUGGGAGUGCGUACACCUUUAUUUGCUUUUCGGGAUUAGCCUUGUGAAACAGAUCGACCAAGACUAUUCGACAAUUGGUGAUCAAGCUUUCGUUGCCCGGGACUGAGCUGUGUGCCGCGCUAAUCGCGUUUGAAUUUGAUGAUUCGGGAGCUGGCUUGCUUUCACUCCUGGCUUCCCUUUGAGGCUCUUUCUUCUUCGGUUGAAGAACGCUCAAUUUUGCUUUCGUGUCUGGCUGUGGGUUGCUGGAUUUGAGUUUUACUUCAUGGAGGAGUGUGUGAUGGCGCCUUCCGCAUUCUUCACAAGUGAAUCUGUCAAGACAACCCGCUGACAUGUGACCCCUUUUAAAGCAGCCGUAACAAAGUCCCUUUUCACGAAUGACAUCACUGCGCUGGUCUACUGACUUCUUCAAGAAACUGCUGCAUUUAACGAGUGAGUGCUGGCCUUCGCAGAGAGUACAGGGCUGGUACGAGUUCUCACUGCCGAUUUUUGAUUCUAUGGGCAAGCCUCCGGUCGCAAGGGACGUUCCGCUAGCUCCGUCAACGCCUUUGCUCUUUGGUCGAAUUUUCCGUCCGAACCUCGGUUGGUUUACUGUCACCGUCUUAUUUCUUUCUUUCUUUAGCGCGUCUACUGAGAAAAUAGGGUCGUUCGCUAGUUCUGCUUCUUCCUUAAAGAAUUUUACAAAGUCACUAAAGGUGAUAAUCUUCUUUGUUUUCGUUUGUGCUUCAUGGGCGUGCCUACGCCACUUAAUGCCAGAAUAGGAAGGAAGCUUAGCACUGAUCUGAAGGAGUGUUUGUGUAGGGUCAAGAUCUCCCAUAGACUUCAUUGUUUUCAUCGCUUCUUCACAUCGCACAAGAAAGUCAGAGAACUCUUGGACACCACUACUAUUUCCGUCACUGAUCUUCGGCCAUUUUCUGAGGCUAGACUUAUACGCUUCUGCCACAUUCACUGGAUUUCCAAAGCGGUGGUCAAGCAAUCUCCGGGCUUCUUUGUAAGCGCUGUCCGAGCUCAUAGCUAGAUAUCCUUUCACAACUUCGUUCGCCGUAUGCUUAGUGUACUUGUCUAGGAAGAAGAGACGAUCUCUGUCCAAGGGCACAUUAGCAUGAUGGAGUCAAAGGCAGUUAUAAACGCUGGAUACUCGAAUGGAUCUCCAGAAAAGAUAGGCGGCUCUUUUACUGGAAGGUGGGUAGUCUUCUGCUGACUUAUUAUCAUCGAACUUAACUCUGCUUGUUUUGCUUGAAUUUUACUAUUUCGCGCAUGGUAGCGCUGAUAUCUGGACUAACGUACGGCGAGGAUGAGAAAAACGGUUCUGAUCGCAGAAUCUCGGGAGACUCUGGUAAGUUACUUGGGACGAAGGGAGGAACGUUCGGGUCCAUAGGAAAAUUUCUCUCAUUCUUAAUCAACCUUGCGGCACCCGUGCCUGGUUUGAGAUCUUGUCUCACGCUUUUCUUUUCUUCCUUAGUUUGUCUUCAUCUAUUAUUCUUUUAAUUGCAUCCUCUUCGGCAUUCGCAAUCGCUAUUUCCUUUUCAAGAUGUAAGCGCCUUAUUUCUCUUUCUUUAUGGAAAAGUUCCAUUUCGGCUCGUAACUUCACUGCUUUAGCGACUGCAUCGACUAAGUCAAGAGAACUUCGAUGAGACGAGGAAGAUCUAGAAGACCUGACAGACGACUUCCUACUGUGCCUGGACUUCUCGGAUGGGGGUCGAGUAGAUAUUUUCUCCAGUGCCUGAAUGCGCUCGCAGAUUCUUAUCCUACAUUCAGUUAACUCUCGAUCACGGAUAUCGAACCAUUGGUAGGAGGCGUCUUUUUCUUCUGGCGAUUCCAACAAAUCAUCGUACGCCUUUUGCGCGUCAUUAAACUCAUCUUUCAAAAGCGAUCUAAAUAAUCCCUCUCUAAGGCUAAUUGUUCAAUUGUUGUCUCAGGUAAGUCACGCAUUAUAUUGAUCUUCUCUAUCUGCCUUUACAGUUUCGCAAGCGCACAAUCACGGUUAGCUUGUUUAAUCCCUAAUUGGUAAGCUUUUCCUUUUUCCGUCAUUUUUCUUGUGCGAGGAGCUUCAGUUUUCGAAAUGGAAGAUGUGACGCUUGUUACGCUCUUUGACGCCGGAUGUGUUUGUUUUGGCGCAUUAUCUCCGAUAGGUGUCGGCGUAUGGUUACGAAGGUAUGCAACGCUAAAGACACUCAUAAGGCCAUCAAAUAAAGUUUCAAAAGUUCAAGCAAUGUUCAACAAAUGUUCAUAACCAUCGGCAAACAAGACUGGCGAUAUUUUACUGUGGCUGGCGACGACCCAAACAAACAAACGAGAAACGAAACUUCGAGGGGUGUGUCGCAGCAGGUUACAUUAGGGACUAUUUUACGGGUCGGCAAAACAAGAAAACCACGGAAAACCAAAGGUGACGGUUAACGGCGAUUUAAUUCCAAAUUCCAAAGACCGAAAUCUAUGGACCAAAGAUUGACCGUGAACUGAAAUAACAAUACAAAAAUCUCUAUCAAUUUGCCGAAAAGGCGAUACCGAGACAAAUAACGCGUAAUCAACAAGCAAAAGCUUGAAAACGGUAAUAAAACGAUUCUAUAAUGAUUAGGUCGAUAACAAGACAGUAAAAUCUACUUAAAGGCUACAUAGACUGAAAUUAAACAAUAAUUCCAUAAAUCUGAUCUUAAUCCUUGUACUAUAAAGCAAAAGUGUGGGCGUUGCUCUAACAGAGGUUCAAUUCCGCUUUUAUUUUCGCUCAUGAAACAAUUAUAAAUCAAUUAAGCUUAAAUCUGUAUACUUGUACAGUAACAUUCGUGUACUUUUGCCCGCUGACUAAAGAACGAAACUAAACAAUAUAACAAAAGAAAUCACUUACAUAUCGGUCUCGCUUGUACCAAAGGUUUAGACAAAUCACAAAACGAUGUCACGACGCGAAUCCUACUUGACUUUUCCUGCCCAAAAGGACGCUAACGCGCGCUUUUAUACCCGCGUGGGGACGCCGAAAUAUCUCAUUACAAAACCAAUAGAAAAUCAGGUAAACAUUUUAACUACGCUAGUAACUAGGAUCAAAGCAUGAAAAUCACGAAAUCAAUGAAAGGUAUUGUUCUUAUGUCUUUUCCUUUACAUUUUUCAAUGGACAAAACCCUGUUAUCACAGCAGUUGUUAUUGCACUUGGUACUGUAAACUACUAUUGUACUUUUCUACUGACCAUGCUCAAAAGACCAUAUAUGGUCUCUUGCAAGCCUUUAGCAGCUCCCGAUUCCAAGCCUCUGAUCAACGCAAAUUACUUUUAAAUGUCAAGUGGCAAGUGUCGGGAGAAGAAGGCAAAUAACGAAGCCUGUUCUUAUUAUGCUAGGGAGAAAGUGUGCGAAACAUCUUAACCAACUUACAAAGCUUCAGGCGAAAGAAUCGUCGAUCCUGGCUCUGUAAAAUAAUGUAGUUUCUUAGCUCGUUGUUCGACAGGCCAGAGGCCUUUAUCUUUGCCCAAAGAGAACUCAAUCUGAUCUCGUUUUGCUACUUAAAACUUGAUCAAAAUUUUCAAAAAGUCUUGCCUUUUGCAGGUACUUUUUUAAAUAUUGCCCAGCUUACUCCAUCCUCAGUGAGCUGGUAAACUGCUUACAAUUAUGUCAUGGGGUAACUCAACCGAAUGUAAUCGAAACUGAUCUACAUCAGUAAGAGGAUUAAGUGAGAUGGUGAGGUAUACAACUAGAGGUUAUGUGGCUGAAAAGAGUUGGUCAACUGGUGCUACCAAGGCGACGACUGAGAAAAAGCUAACUAUUGCAAACCCCAUUUAUUCUGAGUCGAUCAGCCAAUCUUACUGACAUUUCUUUUUGUGUGAAAAAAAUUUUGUUAAAUGGAAUUGAUCUCGUUUUAAAAGGAACAAGGCAAAAAAUAAAAAGUGCUUGGUUUGUUACGGAAACGUGACGGAUAUAAGAAACUUCCCGUUUCCGUCGAGUUUACAAAAUACGGAAACACGUUAUUUCGUCCUGUGAAACGCUCUAUAUGUUAGCCGUCUAGAGUGUAACUAUUAUGAUAGAAAUGACGAUGACUAAUGGAACUGGCUGGAGUAAAAUUUUGCAUUUUAUUCAGGUUAUAUCCGGAGCAACUGUGUAGACUAGAAAGUUUCACCUGUUUACCUUUACUUACAAGGAAAAAUUACGCCAAGUCAAUGUUCAGAUAAAAUAACUAAAGAUUAAAGAGUGUGAUAAGUAGACUGUAACAUAGUUGAGGUUAAAUGCCCUAUUUUUAACGGUAAAAAUGCCCGUUUUACUUAUUUGGAGUGCUGCUACUCUCUCACUUUCCCGCCGAAACGUCUAAAGAAAGGUUAUUUAGGACCAUUAAUAAGAAUGUAUGGUAAGAAAUGAGGUUCUUGUUUAUCUAUUUAGGAACUGCUGGUGACUCUCUUGCAUGGCAUCAUAAUAUGUCAUUCUCCACCAAAGAUCAAGACAAUGACCAAACUAUUGGGAGCUGUGCCAUUUGGUCUGAGGGAGCCUGGUGGUACAGUAGCUGUCAUGACUCCAACUUAAAUGGUCGCUAUCUUAAUGGAAAUCACUCCUCUUAUGCCAACGGUGUAAACUGGGCUCACUGGAAAGGCCAUUAUUACUCCUUCAAACGGGCUGAAAUGAAAAUCAAACCAGUAGAAGCCUAA